AUGGAUCGGCCGCAGUGGCCCGGAGGCUUGAUUGCGCAAGUUCAUGGCUUCGUGUUCUCUUGGUGGGGGGUCAUUCUCCUUCUCGCCAUCAUCAAUCUCAAGUCUUUUCCGGGUAUAUGGACGAUACGAGCCCUGUACCACAUGAAAUCCUCAUUCAAUGGCCAGCUACGACAAACAGUUGCAUCGCCGACAGCCGAAAAUGCACAGCGGAGGGUGCCCAAGACGCCCAAGACUGGUGCGACCGACACAAUUGACCACCACCCACUCUUCCAGCCAGAGAUAAUAUCUUCGCAUGUCUCUCCCGCCGAGAUUGACUUCAACAUGCACAAGUCCAACUCGACCUACUUCACCGACCUGGAUAUCUCACGUAUCAAGCUGGUGGGCCGCAUCAUGGCGCCCGCCUGGCCUCUCGAUCGGAUGCACGUCGAGUAUAAAGGCCGCGACGGAGAAAUGAAGCGCGAGCGAGUCAAGGGACGACCAGCACUUGCACUGGGUGCCACUUGUACGUCCUUCAAACGCGAGAUGAAGGUGUUGGCGCGAUACGACGUGGAGUCCCGAAUUCUUGGCUGGGACUCGCGCUGGCUGUACAUUGGUUCCUGGUUCGUGAGCAGGAAGGGAGGUAAGGGCAAGGAACAGCUAUUUGCUUCCAGCCUCUCAAAGUACAUUGUCAAGAAGGGGCGAAUUACAGUGCGACCCGAACAGUUUCUCACAGAGUCUGGCUGGAUCCCUCCCCGGCCAGAGAGCACAGGAAAUAGCAAGAGCCUGGACUCGCUUCAGGCCAACGGCCACGGUGCUACCGAAAACGGGAAGCAUGAUGCUAAGGACACUUGGACGUGGGAGGAAAUCGAAUCGCACAGACUAAAAGGCAUGACUACCGUGGGCGGAUGGGCAGACGCGGACUUGCGCCUAGAGCAGGCCUAUUCCUCUUGA